CCAGCCUUGCUGUGUCCACCACCUCUUUUGGCUUGUUUUCUCUCCGUCUCCUUCUCUUUUCUCUCAGUGGGCAGGGACAUGAGUGCCACAGAGGAGUCAUAGUUUACCGAUUAAAACCUCCCCGGUCAACUCUUCUCUUUUGAAGCAUCUGACAUGACUCUCUGUUAACGUCUGACCACAGGGACUUUUACUUCACAAAACUACUGUGGCAAGCAUUUCAAUUUUGCCUGUUUUUUUCCUCUCAAAUUGAAGGGAUGUUGCCUCUGGUACUUCUUUUACUUUGUCUGCCACCUGUCUUGGCCUUAGAAUGCAGUAAGGAUCAUCAAGAUGGUUAUCAAGUUAGACUCAGCAUCAAAACUGCCCUUGGAGAUCAAGCUUAUGACUGGAACGAGAGUGAACUGUUCCUCUUCAAGGCCACCAUUGCCUUUGCCAUGAGAAGAUACACCAACACUGAAGAAUAUAAAGUUUCGAACAUUGUUGUGUGCAACCAGACACCAAGGGUUUCCUUUUGGUUCAUUGUGGUAGACCCUGUUAACCCCACACUUGCAAUCUCACGGGAAAAAGUGGAGGAAGCAGUAAGGGUCUCUCGGAACCGCAUAAACAAUGCCUUCCUGCUAACGGACAAGACACUGGAGUUCUUGGGCAUCCCACCAACACUGGCAGCCCCCGUCAUACCUACCACUGCCCCCUGGCUUAUUGUCUUCGGGGUGGUAAUUGGUACGGUCUGUGCCGGCAUUGUUGCUUUACUCGUAUCGUCUUUUGUCAAGAGGAGACGUGCAAACAAGGCUAAGGAGUUCCCUGAGGAGGAGGAUCCAGCCAAAGGAGCUGAUAAGGGGAUCAGCAGCGAGACAUUUGAGGACAGAAAUGGUGUUUAUAACCAGGCCUUCUCGGACGAUGACCGCUUCACCCAGCUGUAAAAGCCUCUGGGAUCCAUAAGCACAUACUGGCUAUACACACACACACACACACACACACACACACACACACACACACACACACACACACACACACACAGAGAGAGAGAGAGAGAGAGAGCAAGAGAAGCAAGGCGGGAUUCACAAAUGCGGUGGACCUCGAUACCACUCCCACUUCUUAUCUGUGACGUUACACGUAAACCUUGACAACGAGUUGUGCUGAGGUCAUGAGACAAGAUCACGUGGCCCAUACCACAAUCAACUGCCAAUUAUUUUUUUAUUUAUUUAAAUUAGCCUACGCAGAACAGCAACAGCAAAACACAAUUAUCCAUAAUCUAUUUACUAAUAUACUACAAUGUAAUACAAUGUCAUGUCAUUUUGAAAGAUUUUUGCUACAUUUAUGCUAUGCUUUAAAAGGGUAGAAACAUGAGUUGCACAUAUAAGGCAUGCUAAAGGCCAGUGAUGAAUAACAUUUAAGUCUUAUACAUUCACUGAUUUAAAGGCUGAAGUUCUAUUUUCAGAAAUGAGUAUUUUGUUUCUGAGUUGUACAUACAAGUGUGUUUCUCAAGGCCUAUCUGAUCACAUGUUUUCCUGAUGCUUGUUAGCUUUUAUGGCUGGCCAGAUAAGAAUGUUUAAGAGUGUCAAUGCUAAAGCUCAGUCACCUGAAGACAUUAUGUAACCUUCAAACAACUAAUGUUUUAUAACAUCUGGGAAAAGUGCCUCUGGGCCACUUCCAUGCUUUCCUAUGUAUAGACCAUGGCUGUAUAUAUAAAAAAAUAAAAUAAAAAUAAAAUGAAAUAAAAAUAAUAAAACACUAAGCUAAAACCGACAUCAAAGAUUAUGUCAAGAGGAAUUAAUGGAAUUGUUUCGUGCUAAUCCCUUUUAGUGGAGCUGUGAAUAAUCCAGCCUUGCUUCCUACUUGUGUCCCACCAUGGCUUUUGAAAGGAUUCAUUAUUAACUUUAUCUGGCUGGUGUCAGAAUCACAUUCCUUGUUAUUGUACCCUUAACUAAUUUAAUGACUUCUUCCUUCAAUUGAUGCUUAUCAGCUUUUAGCCUGCCCACAGGUUCUUGACUGCCAUCUUGUACUCAAAUUAUCUCUUAGUCAUUGUUGUAAAUCUCAGAUAAGGUAUUUGAAAUGCUUUAUAGGCAGUAUGGCAAGGCAAAAGAUUAACUACUCCUGUUAGAUAUGUACU